UAUGUAUUUGAGGACACCUUUUCUAACUUAACCCAUCUUCCUCCUUCCAACAUUACAUUUUCCUAGCUAUUCACUGUUGGCAUAUGUGACAUGUCAGUGAACAAUACUGCUUACAUUCUAAAAAUAUAUCAGUCUGAAGAACAGGUGCAACACUAUCUGGACAUGUUUUUUUCUUCUAAGCCUAAAUUUGCCCUGGAAAGGGAUUUUAAAAUAAGCAUAAAUACCCAAAAGAGUUGAACAAUCCUUUUAAAAACAUAAGCCAUUCUGAAAUCCAAGACACGAACCCCAAAACUAUCAACAUCUUCCAAAAGUUAGGUAAACCAUCCUAUCAAAUUUUCACUUUAAAAAAGAUUGAGUCAGGCUCAAUUAUGAAGUGUCCCGCAGAUAUUUAAUUGCUUCCUCUACGUAAGUUAGUAACUUGAGACAAGUAUGUUUUACUUCAAGAUAAUGUUACAUCUUUUCUCAGUUGUUUCAUAAAAAACACAGGCUAGCUUUUUACGGGUAAAGAAGGGGAUGGAAGAGGGAGGGGCCUGGUGAAGGGUACUCUAAGACAGAGAAACAACACAGAGACGCGCUUAUGAAUCAAUCACUAAGGAAGAAUUGAAUGGGAAUCUAAGUGAAUUAAGGCAGCAUACCAGGUUCUAGUAACAGCGAACCUUUGCCAUAACUUCUGAAUUCUGUUUGGAAAAAUACUGGUCAGGAAAAAAAAAUGAUAAAAUUUUUCCUCAUGGUAAAUAAACAAGGGCAAACUCGACUUUCUAAGUACUAUGAGCAUGUAGAGAUUAAUAAGCGUACCCUUCUUGAAACCGAAGUCAUCAAGAGCUGUCUCUCUCGGUCCAAUGAACAAUGCUCUUUCAUUGAAUACAAAGACUUUAAGCUGAUCUAUCGGCAGUAUGCAGCUCUCUUCAUUGUGGUCGGAGUUAAUGACACUGAGAAUGAGAUGGCAAUUUAUGAAUUCAUCCAUAACUUUGUGGAAGUUUUAGAUGACUACUUCAGCCACGUGAGUGAAUUAGAUAUAAUGUUUAAUUUGGAUAAAGUACAUAUCAUUUUGGAUGAGAUGGUGUUAAAUGGCUGCAUUGUGGAAACAAAUCGGGCAAGAAUUCUUGCCCCUCUACUAAUUCUUGACAAGAUGACAGAAAGCUGAACCAUGGAAGGCUCUGCCGAACAACAUUGACCUGAAGGACAUGAGAACACCAUGGGGACACCUCUCGAUGUCUGAAGCACAAAGGAAUCUGGAAAAGCACACAUUAUAAAAUAAAACAUCCUUCCAAAGACAUUUUAAAUAGGUGUUUUCACAGUUCCUAAAUGAAAAACAAAGCUGUAUCUUAAAAUGUCAUGUACAAAGAAAAACUUUCUUUAAACUGAAUUGUUUUAUUUUCUAAACAAAUGCAUUUUUUCCCCUCUUGUUUCAAUUGGAAACUUCUUUAGUUCUUUGCUUCCCUGUGCGAAUUAAAUUCAGGAAUAGCAGCAUGGAAAAAAAGUGUGACAGCUCUCAAUCAGCCAAUAAAAUUUUUAAAUUGACUUCAACA